AUGGCAAACACAGCUUCGACAAUUUGGCCUAACGAACAACAACCACUGCAGCAACAACCUCAACAAUCAGUGCCAAACAGCUCCUGGCAUUCUUCAGGGUCCAUAGGGCCUUUUUUCGCUGUUAUCUCUGUGUUAACCGUUCUCGCAAUUCUUUCGUGUUUAGUGGGAAGGUAUUGUAGGAAUCGGAAGCCUGCAACGCCGUUGGAUAACAUUAAACAGAGAGAUUGCAGCUUUGGGUGGCUGAGGAGCAAAUUAUGCUGGCGGAGCUGUUCGAAUUGUGGUGAAAGUACUAAUAAUGAUGACGGUAAGGGGCAAGAUGUUUAA